GACGGAAAAAAGAGACACACAUAUUCCAAUACUCUCCUAAAUUCUCAGAGCAACCAUGAACGGCACAGAAGGACCCAACUUUUACAUACCCAUGUCUAACAAGACCGGGGUGGUUCGGAACCCUUUCGAGUACCCUCAGUACUACCUGGCCGAGCCUUGGAAGUUCUCGCUGGUGGCCGCCUACAUGUUCUUCCUCAUCAUCACAGCCUUCCCCAUCAAUUUCCUUACACUCUACGUCACUGUUCAACACAAAAAACUGAGGACACCUCUGAACUAUGUCCUGCUCAACCUGGCUGUAGCUGACCUCUUCAUGGUGGUCGGGGGCUUCACUGUCACACUCUUCACGUCACUGCAUGGAUAUUUCAGCUUGGGUGUCACUGGCUGCAGCAUUGAGGGUUUCUUUGCCACUUUGGGAGGAGAGAUUGCUCUGUGGUCUUUGGUGGUCUUGGCUAUCGAACGCUACGUUGUGGUAUGUAAGCCCAUGGCCAACUUCCGCUUUGAGGAGAAACAUGCCAUUGCUGGACUGGGAUUUACGUGGAUCAUGGCUCUAACCUGUGCUGCUCCACCACUGUUUGGAUGGUCACGGUACAUCCCAGAGGGAAUGCAGUGUUCCUGCGGCAUUGACUACUACACACCCAACCCUGAGUUCAACAACACCUCAUUUGUCAUCUACAUGUUUGUCCUGCAUUUCAGCAUCCCUCUUGUCGUCAUCUUCUUCUGCUACGGUCGCCUGCUCUGCACCGUGCGAGUGGCUGCGGCCCAGCAGCAGGAGUCUGAAAGCACCCAGAGAGCCGAGAGAGAGGUGACUCGCAUGGUCAUCGUCAUGGUGAUGUCCUUCCUGGUGUGCUGGGUGCCGUACGCCAGCGUGGCUUGGUACAUCUUCGCCAACCAAGGAGUCGCCUUUGGACCAGUGUUCAUGACCGCGCCGGCAUUCUUUGCCAAGAGUUCUGCCCUCUACAACCCGGUAAUCUACAUCCUGCUCAAUAAGCAGUUUAGAAACUGCAUGAUUACCACAGUGUGCUGUGGCAAGAACCCCUUUGGAGACGACGACGUCACCGCCAGUGCCGUGUCUAAAACCCAGACUUCAUCCAUCGCCUCCAGCCAGGUGGCCCCUGCUUGACCCACACACCCAAACGCUCUCUCACCCUCUUCUUCCUCGUCCCUCCUCCUCCUCAGUGUCCCAUCUGUCCCGCUUUGAGAGCCACCAACACCAAGAAGCAAGCAUCAUGUCUUUUCUUCUUCUUUGGCCAACCCUCUCACUUACCUGUCACUGCACCUGCAGCCUCUCACUUACCUGUCACUGCACCUGCAGCCUCUCACUUACCUGUCACUGCACCUGCAGCCUCUCACUUACCUGUCACUGCACCUGCAGCCUACUUGGGAAUAUUCAACCCUUCUCUUGGAGCAGUAUAGCUCGGUUGGUAGAGCGGCCGUCCCAGCAACUUGAGGGUUGCAGGUUCAAUCCCCGCUUCUGCCAUCAUUGUCACUGCCGUUGCGUCCUUGGGCAAGACACUUUACCCACCUGCUCCCAGUGCCACCCACACUAGUUUAAAUGUAACUUAGAUAUUGGGUUUCACUAUGUAAAGCGCUUUGAGUCACUUGAGAAAAAGCGCUAUAUAAAUGUAAUUCACUUCACUUCACACUUCACACUUCACACUCUUGUGUCCAUUAGCUACUUGCCCAUCAUGUAUCCAGAGUAAAAAAGGGUAAAAAUAUGUUUUUUUUAGUUACAAAGCAGCCAAUCAAAAGAUGUUUGCUUAAGAAAACACCAUCGGAUGUCAGUUAUGGACGUUUUUCUGAGAACAGCAGUAUCUAAAAAACACUAACUUUAUGACAAAUUUAUACUUUUGUAGUUCAGUGCUAACAUGUUUUUGGCGACACCUAGUGGUCACAAUAAUCAUUAUAUUAAGGUCAUUAUGCAGUAAGUUUAAUGAUGCGGACACGUUUGUUACCGGAUAGUUUCUUAAAAUUAAUAUUUUUUGCUGAUGACACAACUGAAGCUAAUACAAAUAAUAACAGAAGAAAUGAACAAAUGAAAAAGAUGGUUGACAAAAACAGACUGUCUUUGAAAAUCAGUAAAACUAAAAUAAUGCUAUUUGGUAACAGCAGAAGAGAAAGUCAAACACAAAUAGAAAUAGAUGGAGUAGACAUUGAAAGAGUAAAUGAAAUCACAUUUUUAGGUGUAAUGAUUGAUGAUAAAAUGAACUGGAAAUCUUAUAUAAAAAUAUACAACAUAAAGUGGCAAGAAAUACAUCAAUAAUGAAUAAAGCACAAUAUUUUAUUGUACCAUAAAUGUGUACCUCCAUAUUCUCUACUACUUGCUAGUGUCACCAUAUCUGAGUUAUUGAGCAGAAAUGUGGUGAAAUACGUACAAAAGUACACUUCAUUCACUAACCGUGUUAGAAAAACGAUCAGUUAUAAUAAUACAUAAUGUUGGAUAUAUAGAACAUUCAAACUCUUCAUGUAUUGAAUCGAAAAUAUCGAAAUUCAUCGAUAUAGUGAAUUUGCAAACUGCUAAAAUGACUAGAUCUGACCAAUCUAAGUUUAUGAGCACAAACUAAUCAAACCUACUAGGAUGAGCGGCGAAACAUCUUCCAAGACAAACCAAGCAGUCCAGAUGCUAACAAUUGAACGCCCUGAGAUGACUAAAAUUAUGCACAAAGCAAACUUGAACCUGCUACCCAAGAAUGUACAACAAUUCUUCUCAACAAAGGAAGAGAAAUAUAACCUCAGAGGAAAAUGUAACUUAAAACAUUUGUAUGCACGUACUUAAGACCUUUAUUAUAUCAGUAUGUGGAAUUCAAUUAUGGAACGUAUUAAACAAAGAAAUCAAACAAUGUACUAAUAUGAUCCAUGAUAACAAUGUUAUUCAUCUCACUAUAUGAAAUAAAACCUACUUCACUAUUUAUUAUGCCAUCCAUCCAUCCAUCCAUCCAUCUUCUUCCGCUUAUCCGAGGUCGGGUCGCGGAGACAGCAGCCUAAGCAGGGAAGCCCUGACUUUCCUCUCCCCAGCCACUUCAUCCAGCUCUUCCCGGGGGAUCCCAAGGCGUUCCCAGGCGAGAGAUAGCCUUCCCAACGUGUCCUGGGUGUUCCCCGUGGCCUCCUACCGGUCGGACGUGCCCUAAACACCUCCCUAGGGAGGCGUUCGGGUGGCAUCCUGACCAGAUGCCCGAACCACCUUACCUGGCUCCUCUCGAUGUGGAGAACUGGUUCCAGAGCCUUUGCUGUGCGCCGAAGUGAGUCCGACUAUAUCUAGCCGGAACUUCUCCACCUCGCGCACUAGCUCAGGCUCCUUCCCCCCCCAGCAAGGUGACGUUCCACGUCCCAAGAACUAGCUUAUGUAGCCGAGGAUUGAACCGCCAAGUGCCCUGCCUUCGGCUGCCGCACAGCUCACAAAGCACCCGACCUCUAUGGCCCCUCCCAUGAGUGGUGAGCCCAUUGGAGGGGGGACCCACGUUGCCUCUUCGGGCUGUGCCCGGCCGGUCCCCAUGGGGACAGGGCCAGCCAUCAGGCGCUCGCCAUCGUGCCCCAACUCCGGGCCUGGCUCCAGAGGGGGGCCCCGGUGACCCGUAUCCUGGCGAGGGAAAUCUGAGUCUCGGUUUUUGUAAUUCCAUAGAAGUCUGCUCUUUGUCUAUUGUUUAUUUAUUAUGUAUUCAUUUAUUUGUUCUAAUGUAAUCAUUUAUGGAGUAUAUUGUGAAUAAAAUGAAAACAGGAAGUGAACAAAAGUGUUAGCAUUGCUAUGUAGUGGAAAAGGGGUAGGAUUAAAUAAGCUCUGCUUCUUUCUACUCUUUUUCGAACAUGUUGAAAAGAGAAAGUGGAA